GAUACUGUUUUGUAUUUCCGGUUUAAACAUUUCCGUUCGGAAAGGUCGUCGAUAGGAGACCGAAGAAAUUAUGUUUUCCCGUUUAAGCUCUUCAGCAGCACGAUCGACUCGUUUGUUACUUAGCAAUUCCGAAUGGAGUUUGCAAUCAGUUCGACCAGUUUCUUUUAAGGCUGUGCCAUGGAAGAAACAUUUUGAAAACUGGGAAAAAGCUAAUGCUCUUUACAACAGCCCAGAAAGAGAUCGUGUUAAUUUUCCCGACCCAGUUCAACCUGAACGUCACCCCCCCGUCCGACUUGGAUUCAUCCCCGAUAGCUGGUUUCAAGCCUUUUAUGAGAAAACUGGUGUAACCGGACCCUAUGUUUUCGGUGUUGGAGCCUUAACCUUCCUCCUUUCUAAAGAGUACUGGGUUAUGGAUCACGGAUACGUUGAAUUUCUUUCUUUCUGGCUUGCUAUGGCAUAUUUAAUCAAGAAAGUUGGACCUUUGUACAAACCAGCAGCUGAGAAAUAUAUGACUGAUUACGAAAAAGCAAAUUGGACUGAUCCAAUUGCACAAGCAAAAACAGAAGCAAAAGAAGUUAUUGCUGAAGCCGAGAAGGCAAUUUGGCAGCAAGAUGCACAGAAAAUGUUAUUCGAAGCCAAGAAGGAAAAUGUCCAACUGCAAUUAGAAGCAAUUUAUAGGCAACGAUUACACGAAGUUCAACAAAAAGUUAAGAAGCGAUUGGACUACCAAAUAGAGAAGCAAAACGCUCAAAGGCGCUUUGAACAAGACCACAUGGUUUCUUGGAUCGUUAAUAAUGUAGUUAAAAGCAUCACCCCCCAACAGGAGAAAGAUAGCAUCAAACAGUGCAUUGGUACGCUUAAAGGUCUGGCUGUUAAGGCUUGA